CCUUCAGAGCGGCAGAGGGAGCACACAGAGUCUGCAUCCGCUGUGUGUGUCAGAAACUUUAUUCAGUCUCACUGCUCCAUGAGGCCAGCACAAAUGUACAGUUUUCUGACUGGACUUUAAACACGGGCUCUACAUGCAUCCAUCGUAUCCAUAAUAUUUUCCCGCAAGACCCUUCGGCUGAGUGUUUUGGGGAUUUUAGUGCGCUGAGGAGAAACAGGGAUCGGUUUCGCGUGCCUGUGGAAAUCCGGUGCUAUCGAAGAAAGUUUCUCUCCGUCUCACGGAAGGAAUGAAUACAUUUUAGAAAGAAAAAUCCGCAUGAUUUAAGGGGAUAAAACAUGGAGUUCAACCAUCUCGACACACAAUCUGGAUUAAAUCAGAUGACACCCUCAGAAACAUAUCCCCCAGCUGUUCCAGAGACCAAUCAGAGCAAUCCCAGUUCAGAGGAAGUUAUCCCUCCUUCAAGAACAGAAUUGGGCCUUGAUGCUUGCACACCUACAAAGAUGGACACUGUGCAGAAGCCAUCUACUCCAACGCAACCAGACGUCAUUCCAAAGUCCCCCGCAAGGUCAAGCGGUAGUCCUCACCCCAAGAAAGAUGGAAUGAAGUAUGAUGAGCGGCAGAAACAGGCGAAGGAGAGGAGAGAGGAAAAAGCCAAAUAUCUCGAACAACGUAGCCAGACUCAAGCUGCUAAAAAGUCUCAGUGGCUGGAGAAGGAGGAACGGGCACGGCAGGUCCGGGAACAGCAGCUGGAGGAGCGGAGGAGGAAGCUGGAGGAGCAGCGGCUGAAGGCAGAGAGACGCCGUGCAGAGCUGGAGGACAGACAGAAACAGAAACUGGAGAAGAACAAGGAGCGGUAUGAGGCAGCCAUCCAGAGGUCUGGUAAGAAGACGUGGGCAGAGAUUCGGCAGCAGAGAUGGUCCUGGGCCGGAGGCUUGAGUGGCAACUCCAGCCAGAGUCAGAGCAGAUGCUCAAUAUCAGCGGUCAACCUGCCCAAACAUGUGGACUCAGUCAUAAACAAGAGACUCUCCAAAUCCUCUGCCACUCUCUGGAACACCCCUAGCAGAACUCGUAGCAUGCAGUUGAGUCCAUGGGAGAGCAGCAUUGUGGACAGACUGAUGACGCCCACUCUCUCCUUCUUGGCCCGCAGUCGCAGUGCCGCCAGUGUGCUGAACAACUCCAGAGAUGCCCAGUCUCCGUUGUGCCCGCGCUCAGCGUCUGCCAGUCCUCUGUCAGUAUGUGCUCAUCGGCCUCACCGCUGCUCUGAGCGCUGGAGGGUCACCACCAGCACACCUGACAUCACCCAGCGCCGUCGAGACUCUACACCAAUGAGGAAGGAUAAGAAGGACAAGGAGAGAGAAAAUGAAAAGGAGAAGAAUAGCAUCACCAAAGAGAAGGUGCUAAAGAAGAGACAGUCCAUGCCUUCAAUCAAAACCAGAAUAGAGUCCAGUCCGAGUCCAGUGUCUAAACUGAGAUCUGCAUCUCCUGUGACGCCCAAGGCUCGUGUGUCGUCCCCGAGUCCUGCAGUGUCUCCUAAACCUCCACCAGCACAAGCCAGCCCCAGCACCCCUAAAGCCCGCCCCAAGAGAGCCAGGACCCCUGCCCGUGUGGAGACCCGCACCGCUUCUCCCAUCGAUAGGGUUCGAGAGCCCCGCAGGCCCGCUACACCCGAACAACCAAAGACCUCGUCUCCUGUCCCCUCCAUUGUCGUGUCAUCAAUUCUGGACACGUCCCCGGUCACCAGCACACCAAUGGUGUCGGUUUCUGCGUCCUCUGUCCCCGAGGAGUCUCCUCUCGUCUCUCCCCUCCCGCAGGUGUCCUCUCCAGCGCCCUCUCUUGGCAAACCCAUGGCUGGCACAAACAACCCAGAGGAGGCCACCCGCAUCCUGGCUGAGAAGAGACGACAGGCCCGUGAACAGAGAGAGAAGGAGGAGGAAGAACGGAGAGAACAGCAGGAGAGAGAGAGGAUUCAGCGUGAGGAAAGGCUGGUGCAGGAGGCAGAGGAGAGGAAGCGCAGGGAGGAAGAGGCUCGGCUGAUGGCAGAGCAGGAGAAGUUAAGAGAGGAGGCCCGGCGCCUACAGGAGGAGAAGGAGGCGCAGGAAAAAGCCAAAAUCGAACAAGAAGAGAACGAACGCCUUCAGAAACAGAAAGAGGAGGCUGACGCAAAGGCCAAAGAGGAGGCCGAGAAGCAGCGCCUGGAGCGAGAGAAACACUUCCAAAAGGAGGAGCAGGAGAGGCUGGAGAGAAAGAAGCGUCUGGAGGAGAUUAUGAAAAGAACACGAAAAACAGAUGCCGCAGAGAAGAGAGACUCGACAAGUCCAGCUCAAGUCAAUGGGAAAGAUUCAGAGAUGAAUAAAGCAGCUGCCGACUACCAGCCAAACACAGCACUGAAACAAGAUGGUGUGAACCAAAGUCUGUCUGUUCCUGUGUUGAAUGGCAUUCAGACUUCCAAACACGAGAACGGCCUGUCAUCAAAAGGAGAAGCGUCUCAGUUCGAAGAGAUCCUUCAGCUGUCCAAUCACAACAACGGGCGAGAGAAAUCAGAGACUGACAGACCCGACGAGCCAAUCAUGGCCUUCGAAAGCAGUGAAUCAUUCCUUAAGAAAACAGGCCCCCUUAAGCCUCAGCAUGUGGCAGAGGUCCUCUGAGGUCUUAAACUUUAGGAUAAAGGCUCAAAUCUGCGAGUCCCUCAUCACCGUCUGCCUGAGGGACCCGAUGGAAAGAAGCACAGCAUGAAGGAGACCUGUGCCAAACCCAAAAACUGUCUUCUGUUUAGACUGUACAGAGCAACCCUCACUCACGGUGCAUGAUGGAAAAUACACAACAAUCAAGCUGAGCUGAACUACACCAGAAUCACCAUCCAUCAGACCCGAUCACACACACACUUCACCACGAUACAACAUCAUGUUUUGUUUUUCUAAAAAAAAAAAAAGAAAAAGAGAAAGCUUCUGAUAAACUCUAAUCCUUGUCGUUAUUCAUGCUUUUGUGGGCAGAACAGAGAAGUGCUUUGGGUGCUUUAUUUUUCAGUGUUUAGUUAUUUAACUGGAAGAGAAUUGUAACUACUGGGUACAGUUGUAUGUGAAUAAUGUAAAUUGGACAAUGGGAGGAGAGGAUCUGUGAAUAAAACAGAAUGAAAGGG